UAACCAGGAAGUACAGAGAUCAUGUCAGUGUGAACGGUCCAAUGAAUGGAUUAUUGACCUUUUUAUCACAGUUUAUUUUCCUUGUACGUUCAGGAAACAUGGCCUCCUUCUUUAGAAGAAGAAUUGCAGAGAAGCUGAGCAGGACUCUGCAGCAGUCCGAGGAUGCCCUGAUACCAGCUCUGGCAGCAGUUCCGGUUAUGAAGAAACAGCAGGCUGCUGACUUCAAACUGUCAAUUAACACUUUACGAGACAAUGGGAUUUUACCAUCCAGUGGAGACAUUCAGCUGCAAGCAGAAGACUUGGCCUCUCAGUUAAAGCGGGACAGCAUGGUGGAGGACAUCUUUACUGGACGUGGACUGGUUAUGUUUAAAGUGAAUCCUAAGCUCCUUGCCCAGAAAUUGUUGGAGCCAUUUGGAAAGGGUGAGGAUGACAAAUUCGGGUUAAACAGUGAACUUUUUAAUAGUCUCAAAAAAGGAACAACAUUAGUGGAGUACAGCUCUCCAAAUAUCGCCAAAAAGUUUCAUGCUGGACACUUGCGUUCUACAAUUAUUGGUAACUUUAUCGCUAACCUGAAACAAACACUUGGAAACGAUGUCAUUCGAAUGAACUAUCUCGGAGACUGGGGCAUGCAGUUUGGUUUGCUGGGAGCUGGCUUUGGCCAAUUCGGAUGCGUGGAAAAAUUAAAACAGAAUCCUUUACAGCAUUUGUUUGAGGUUUACGUACAAGUCAACAAAGAAGCCGAGCACAACGAGGAUAUCAAGCAGGCUGCCAGAGACUUCUUUAGACAGCUGGAGCAGCACGAGAGCCACGCUGUGUCGUUAUGGCAACAGUUCAGAGACAUCACAGUGGAAGAGUAUCAGCAUGUUUAUAAGCGGUUAGGGGUCCAGUUUGAUGUUUACAGCGGGGAGUCCUUUCACCAGGACGGGGCUCAGGAGGUGGUGCAGCAGCUCCGGAGCCGAGGCCUGCUGAAAAUCGCAGAGAACGGGACCGGUGUGGUGGAUCUUUCCGCGGACGGAGACAUGAGCAGCGUCUCUACGUUGCUCCGCAGCGACGGCACCACUCUCUACAUCACCCGAGAUAUCGCUGCAGCUGUUGACCGCAAGGAGAAGUACAGCUUUGAUGAGAUGAUUUACGUGACAGACAAAAGUCAACAGAAUCACUUCUACCAGCUUUUCCAGAUCCUACUUGCCAUGGGACAUUCCUGGGCUGACAGGUGUCGGCACGUGUCCUUCGGGCUGGUGCAGGGCAUGAAGACCAGGACCGGUGACGUGGUGUUUCUGGAGGACGUGCUGGACGAAGCUCGGACCAGGAUGCUCCACAACAUGAGCCAGUCCAACACAACGAAGGAAAUGGACGACCCAGAGGACACGGCAGAGAAAGUGGGAAUCAGUGCACUCAUCGUCCAGGACUUUAAAGGUCCCCUGCAGUCCGACUACAAGUUCGACUGGGAUCGGAUGCUGCAGGCUCAGGGCGACACGGGCGUCUUCCUGCAGUACACGCACGCUCGACUCUGCAGUUUAAAGCGGAGGAAUGAAGGCUUGGAGGCAGCCACGUUCGACCCGUCGCUUCUCCCCGAGCGGACGAGUGUCACCAUCCUGCAGCACCUCCUUCGUUAUGACGAGGUGCUCUACCAGUCGGCCCAGGAUCUGCAACCCAAACACCUUGUCAACUUUUUACUGAAGCUGUGCCACCUGAUCGCCUCGGCGCACAGAGAGCUGCCGGUGAAAGGAAGCCCCCAGGAUGUUGCACAGGCAAGGUUACGUCUGUUCAGUGGCGCCUGCUCAGUCCUCGCCAACGGGAUGAAGAUCCUGGGCAUCACGCCGGUCGAUAAGAUGUGAAACUGAAGUCUCUGACUUCUUUGUCAAUGCUAUUUCACUGCAGCAGAAGGUGACAAUACUGUUGUUGUAAAUUUGUACUGUAAAUACAGAGCCUUACGUUUUCAGAAUAAAAAAAAAAAAAAAAAGAUUUUAUUUGAAAGUCCACUGAAGGAGGUUUAUUCUGAGGCACGAUU